GAUUUUGCAUUCUGCUAAGACACACGUGGAUUUUGAUUCUUUCUGAAUAAAUUUAUUAUUAAAAUUGGAAUUAUUUCGCGCAUAAAAAUGGAAUUAGGGCAGCCGAUAAAAGAAGAAAUCAAGGAUGAGGAUAUGGACACAACCGGCGUGAAAGAUAUGAGUUACGAAGACAAAUUGCAGUUUGUCAAUGCGAUCUCUCAGCCCAUGGCUCCAAAGAAAUUAUCUAAAAAGAUUUACAAGUGCAUAAAGAAAGCAUCAAAACACAAAACUUAUGUGCGAAAUGGACUCAAAGAUGUUCAGAAAUGCAUCCGAAAAGGAGAAACAGGAAUUGUGGUAUUUGCAGGCGAUGUUUACCCAAUAGAAAUAAUGUGCCAUUUGCCAGUAGUUUGCGAAGACAAAGACAUCCCGUAUUGUUACACACCUUCCAGAAAUGACAUCGGUGCGGCGAUGGGAGUCAAACGAGGUAGUCUUAUGGUUCUAAUAAAAGAACAUGAAGAUUACAAAGAACUUUAUGAAGAGAUUAAAAGCGCGAUGGUAACUCUUUCUACCCCAUUGUAGUUAAAAUAGAAGAAUAUAUUUACAAUUUUUUAUAAAGCUA